CGCUCUCUCUCUCCCUCCCUCUCAUCGAGCAAUGGAGGAUGACAAGAAGACCAAGUACCGCGGCGUGCGUACGCGGCCUUGGGGCAAGUUCGCCGCCGAGAUCCGUGACCCCGAGCGUGGCGGCGCCCGCGUCUGGCUCGGCACGUUUGACACGGCCGAGGAGGCCGCGAGGGCGUACGACCGCGCGGCUUUUGCCCAGAUGGGCGCCACUGCCGUGCUAAACUUCCCCGGCGAGGCCGGGGGCGCCUUCGGCUCGUCUUCGUCCGCCCCGGCUGGCUCCGGUGCCGGCACGGGCAGGGGUCGCGGGGGCACACAGAAGAUCGAACUGGAGUACCUCGACGACAGCCUCCUGGACGAGCUUCUCGACGACAGCAAGUACGGUGGUAAAUGAGAGAGAGAUUCUCUUGCAUGCACGUAUAUAUGCAUGCAUACAGAAGAAAUGGCCUACACAAAUACAUACUUUUUUCG